AUGGAGGACGAAAAGUCAGCCAAAACGAAAAAGAAAGGCGCUGCCCACCGAAAAUCCCUGUCUUGUGAAUAUUGCAGUCGAUCCUUCGCUCGCUUAGAGCAUCUCCAACGCCAUCUCCGCACCCGACAACAGAUACAAAGGAAAAACCUUUCUCAUGUGACAUUUGUUCCAAAUCCUUCGCUCGGAGGUAGGCUCCCUUUGCGCUCAAUGCCCGGAAUAAAAUGCCAAUCGCUGAUAUCAAUUUGCAGCGAUCUACUAGUGCGACAUGAGCGUUUAGUCCACCCUGCUGAAAGUGCGGCCAGUCGAGAACACCGAGUUCAGAAUGGUCAUGAAGCCAAUCAUGAAAUACCAAUUCAGUCCAAUCUCAUUCAGCCCGCCCACCACGAGUCGCGUAUGUUAGAACUUGCAGACGCCAUUCCAGUUCACACUCAAGUGCCACCUCCUCCACCCGAAGUUCAAUCUCAGACUCCAUCAAUCAUAGAUACACCUCAUUUCAACCCUUCCUGGGGCUACGAUUUGAAUCUCUUAUCUCAUGCCGCAAGUCAUGUGGCUCUGGAGGGCCAACAAGAGAGCUUGGAGUCCAUGAGAAAACCUCCACACACCGCCGCUCCUGCGUCACAACACAUUCCUCAAACCCAAGAGAAAGCAAUAAGCGACAAUUAUGGCGUAGAGCCUUCGAUACUCGAUCUCACUGAUCUCGGAGACCCCGUCCAGGAUUUUACGGUUUUCCUCGAAAGUGUGGGCCUAUCGUCGGAUUGGGACUCGGGCGUGUUCUCGUCCGUUGAGGAAUCAAUGCUACCACCAAGUAUGACAAUUGAUUCAAAAUCGACCCGUGAGACAAUACAAUCACGGCUUGGUGGGGAUAUGAUGAACGAUGCGCGGGGCCCCGCGGAGGAUCAUCCGUCAUUCUCGAAUUUUGGAUCCCGGCUGCCAUCACUGCAACCGGAGUCCCACGAAAUGGACGAUCGUAUUGGUCUGGCCGAUGACAGUACACGACCAGCAUGGGACAUCUCCAAUUCAGAUCGCCAAGCCUUCAUCACGAAACUAGAAGAGUUUUCAUAUGUUCUUCCGAAGGGAUUCGUUCCGCCAUCGCGGCACGCCCUAUCUCGGUUCUUCGCCGGGUACAUCAACGGUCUGAACGAACAUCUUCCUUUCAUACAUGUCCCCACUCUUUCGGUUGCUAAGUCUUCACCUGAACUCACGCUAGCGCUGGCAGCUGCUGGUUCGCACUAUCGGUUUGAGAAUAGCCGGGGCAUCGACCUUUUCCAUGCAGCCAAAGCAAUCUUGUUGGAGCGUCUUCGUCGGCGAGACAGCAAGCAAGUGCCUCGGCCUUCAUGGAACUAUAUAUCCCCACCAUCGGGCUUCCACAACUCUCGCGAUUCAUCGAUGAUGUCUAACUCGGCGGGCAGCCCGUUCCAACAUCAUCAACAGAUGCCAAAUGCUCCAAUUAAUGCAUCAAUUUAUACGCCGGAUGACUCGGAUGCUCACAUGGAAGUGAUUCGAACGUUUUUGCUUCUGACUGUGUUUGCGUCCUGGGAGCGACAUCCAGAGCUCUUGCGGGAGAUUCUCUCGUUACAAAGCACUUUGGCCAGACUCGUUCGUGAACAUGGCUUGUCUGAGCCGCCACCCACCCCAGAACCUAUCGGCUGGGAAGAGUGGGUACGCAGAGAAGGCAACAGACGUACAAAGCUCAUUGUAUACUGUUUCUUCAACCUCCACUCGAUCAUGUAUAACAUCCCUCCUCUCAUUUUGAACGGGGAGUUAAAGUUGAACAUGCCGUGUGCUCAUGAUUUAUGGAAAGCAAGCAACCCCUCGCAAUGGCGCCGCGUUCACCGGAGCCGACAAGGAUCAGAAGUGUCUUUCCAAGAAGCCUUUGCCAGACUCUUCAUGAAAUCAUCUGUGUCAUAUCCAUCAGCCCCGAUAUCCCCUCUUGGAAACUACAUUCUCAUUCACGCCAUCAUACAACAAAUCUUCUUUGCUCGUCAGCUCUGUCUUUCGGCACCACACAUGCAAGGUACCAGUCUGAGACAAGAGGAUUUGAACGUGCUAGACGGUUCACUGAGUGCCUGGAAGGCUCUGUGGAAACGCACACCGGAAUCCAGCAUCGAUCCCCAAAAUCCCGCGGGGCCAAUUGCAUUUACUUCCACAGCUCUGCUAGGACUCGCGUAUAUCCGUCUACAUGUGGACUUAGGUCCCUGCCGCCACCUCAUCACGCAAGAUCCAGCCCAAAUAGCAGUGGCCUUAAACGAGUCACCUGCGAUUGCGCGCAGUCCACGACUGAUCAUGGCCUUGCUCCACUCAGCCCAUGCCCUCUCAAUCCCAGUACGACUGGGCAUUGACUUCGUGGCCAGGACACAUUCCUUCUUCUGGAGCAUCCAGCAUUCGCUCUGCAGUCUGGAAUGUGCAUUCCUUCUCAGCCGCUGGCUGCUUGCUAUCCCCGCAACGCAGUCGGAGCAGAGACUUUCUGAGCAUGAGCGGAAGUUACUAUUCUGGAUCAAGAGCAUGAUGGAUGAAACUGAAAUGGCGGUUGAUCCGCCUGGCGCACCGGAUAUGGAUUUCAUGGCGAAUCCGUACAAGGUGCGACAGCUGAGUGUUUCGAUUGUCCGCGUAUGGGCGCGAACUUUCAAAGGAAAUACUAGCUGGGCGAUUGUCGAUUUGGUCGGCUCAAGUCUGGAUGCCUAUGCGGAUCUUCUGGAAUAUUGA